AUGGCGACAUGUAAUUUUAACACGAGAUGGGCUUCUGUGCUGCUCGUUGCUCUCCUCUCUGCCUUCUGCGUCGUUCAGAGUGAAGACAUCCACCUGUCUGUGGAUGGCUCCCUGGGUCAGUCCGUUUCCCUCCCGAUGGUGAUCCAUAACAGAUCAAUGGGGAAUGAGAUUGUCUGGAUUCAAUCUUCACCCAGAAUCAAAAUAGCAAGAUAUAUAGAUGGGCAUGUGAAAUAUUUUGGCAGUGAGGAGUACAAGAAACGGAUACAUUUGCACCCUGAGAACUUCAGUCUUCAAAUCAAUGACUUACAGAGGGAAGAUGCUGGGAAUUAUGAGGUAAUUGUAACACCAGAUUCAGGAAAGGAAAUAUCUGAGAGAGUUCGACUGGCCGUGUACGAGCCAGUGACAGGAGCUGCCAUCCAUGUUGGAAACGCGGCCAGGUGGAACUGCAAUGUGACCCUGAGGUGCUCAGUAACAACAGGCAGUAACGUCAGCUACACCUGGUGGACAGGACCAGAAAUACCAGGAAAGGACAGCGCCCAUCGUCUCUCGGGGGACGGAGAGAGUUUGCAGGUUUUGUUCACAGGGGAAACCAAUGACAGUGUUGUCAGGUGUGAGGCCAGGAAUCCAGUCAGUCACAGGACUGCACAGAUAAUUCUGAGAGAUGUCUGUCAUGGAAAUGUACCUGAGUUAUCAACAGGCUUAUCUUAUUUGCCACUGCUUCUGGUUAUAGUGUUACUAGUUGUCGCACUGUGCUUGGUAUGGUUUUGGAUGAAACGAGCUGCGUUAAGGAAAACAUGUCUGUGUUGUGAAGCUUCAAAAAAGCAGCAAGAGAUGCAAGAUAUGGACAACACAUUCACUGUUUCCUCACAAGUGCAACCAAUACCAAGACAGGAACGAAAUCACCUUCCUCCUGAAGGAAAUGAAACGAACGUGAUGCGCCAUGAGACCGAUGAGCUACCAAUGACAGUGUAUGCUACCAUCAAGCCACAUGGAAACCAAGGCCUUACAUUAAAAAUGUGAGGGAAUUCUCAUCCUGUUCAAUCCAGAUCCCAGCUUGCUCUCUACUUUGUGAGCUCAACCCAGCCUGGGUCAACAAGAAGGGAGGAUGGGAUUUAGUCCUGAGCCAUAAAGAAAAUUCCAUUCUUCCAACCUCGCCUGUGCUAGAUUUUAUAAAUCACACAACACCAGGUUAUAGUCUAACAGCUUUAUUUGGAAGUACUAGCUUUCAAACUGCUGCUUGAUUAGAUUGCCUACAGUGUGGAAACAGACCCUUCGGCCCAACCAGUUCACACUGACCUUCCAAAGAGUAACCCACCCAGACCCAUUUCCCUCUGACUAACACUACAGGCAGUUUAGCAUGGCCAAUUCCCCUGGCCUGCACGAGGGAACUGGAGCACCCGGAGAAAACCCACAGGGAGAAUGUGCAAACUCCACACAGACAGUUGCUCUGUGGCUGGAAUCGAACCCAGAUCCCUGGUGCUGUAAGGCAGCAGUGCUAACCACUGAGCCACCGUACCAUCACAUACUAAUGCUUCCAAAUAAACCUAUUGGAUUAUAACCUGAGGUUGUGUGAUUUACUAACUUUGGACACCCCAAUCCAACACCACCUCCUCCAAACCGAAUGUUAGUAGGUAUCUUUGCAGACUGUUCUGAGAUUUGUUUUGACAUCCUUUCCAUUGUUGCCUAGAACUGUGCUGAGAAAGUCAAAUGAAUCUGAAAAUGCAGCCAUUCGACGUGUGCUUAAGACAGACAGAAAGACAAAUGUAUACUGCUUUAUUUCUAUAUUUACAUCUUUACAAAAACUGCAGACAACAGAAGGAAUUGAUGCAGGAGCAGGUUAUUUCAUUCCUCAUGUCUGCACUGUAAUUGAGAAGGAUCAAGGCUGUGUGUUCAUUUGUGUACUGUUCUACACAGCAACGUUUGUAAAACUAGAAAAUAGCUCUUA